AUGACGUCUUUAGGGGUCAAAGGGCAAAAAUCAAACACCGCUAAUUCGGGUGGAGCAUCAUAUUUUACAAGUUUUACUAAGCAACAAGUAUCUGAACUACAAAAUCAAUUUUCACACGUAAAUCAUAUCAACUCAAAUAAUACGCAACAGUCUCGUCUCCUCAAUAUUAUUUUUAAGAAUUUUUCUAUUUUUAAAUCCUUUACUCCUCUUCCGGCGCCUGUGCCAAUAACUUUUUCUCGAACCCCUCUUAGGGUAUGCAAGGCGCAACGAAUUGGGUUGACUUCAAAUUACACAUUUUUACAACCUAUUGGAACAAGAAAUGUGUUUGGUAGUAGUGGAGCCAGAAAUUUCUCAACAACAAUGUUUAAUAAAGGUUCUACGAGUGGCGGGGUUGUUCUUGCGCAACUAGGAGUCAAACCUUUCUCAGCACUAGCAACCAAAACUGGAGCUCUGUGGACUCGUAUGCCUGAAGAUUUAUCCAAGAAUACAAACUCUUCUGGUCUUGAGAAACAUAAUUCUGUAGGUCUUAAAAUAGAGGCAGUGCGUAAAUUAUUCGUUCAAAGCAAAGGUAUUUUGGAUGCAGUACAAAAACAACAAGACGGAUCCGACGAUAGUAUAAAUUACAAGCCUCGAGUUGUUCGUAGAGCAAAUAUCAAAAAAUUCUCACGUAAAAAUAAAGUCAUUGUUAAAACUUCUGACAAAGAAUCUAUUGAAAAUAAUAGUAAUGUUCAAGUAUAUAUGUCUUUUAUACUUAGCUCUUCUCUCUUUUGGGAUUUUGAUGAAACUUCAAAUUCUAUGGAAAGUAGUCAUAGUAGUGUUAAUUCUUUAGCAAAUGUGGUUACUCACCUUAUGCGUCAGAAGAAUAGGUCUACACCUAAUAAAUUAGAUCCGAUGUUCAUUAGAAAUCUACGUGAACUUGUAGAAAUUCAGCAUAAUCAUAUGCUGGAAGUUAUAUCUAUUUUGACAAUUCUUCAAAAACAUGAUAUAUAUGAUAUUAAAGUUUUCGGUUGCGAAUUGCGGGUGAAUUUUCCACGUGGCAUGUCUGUUAGUAAUAUUGAGAAUUUGUUAAAGAGUCUUGGAAUUGCUUUAGAUAGUCCUCAUUUUGAAUUAGAAGUGAUUGAUUUGGAAGAGAAUAUUGAAUUGCUUCCUAAUCCUCCUGAUGACGUACAAGUUUCUGAACCAAAUUACGAGCUUCAAUUUCAGGAACCCACAGAUACAUUAAGAGAUACUGAUAUGCAAACGCGUUUAUCUUCAACUUCCUACACUCAUUCUUCAAUAUUGUCGAUUAGUCCAGCUUCCCCUUCUCACAUUCCUAGUCCAGGAUCUAUAUCCUUUAUCAGUGCGCCUCCGUCACCUUGUAUGUCUCCGUGGCAACCCGUGCAACCACCUCCGAAACUUGGUCAAGAGUAUUUCCGUGGAAUUGAAGAAUUUUUAACUGAUGUUGAUGAUCUCCUCGACAAAAGUUCAGGUUUUGGGAAAAGAGGAAUUAAAUCUAAAAUUGUGAACACUGAACGCGGAUCUUCAGAAAUCGGAGAAAGUUAUUUUGAAAUUUAA